CAAACUCAACACCAUCCUAUCGCCUUCUUGCAGCGACUCUCUGGCUGCUCGCGACACGCCUCGAAAAGCGACAAGCACCAGCCAGAGGCAAACACCUACCGAGUUCGCCCAUCAUGCCGCCCCCACCCCAUAGCCGGCCGGAAAAUGUGCUCAAGCGCGCGCAAGAGCUCAUCGGAGUCGGACAGCAGCAGGCUGCGCUGUCCCUCCUCCACGAACAUGUCGUUUCCAAACGCACCCGCAACAACCCCAUCGCUUCCCUCGAGCCGAUGAUGAUUCAGUUCGUCGAGUUGGCCGUGGAACUGAGGAAGGGCAAGACUGCCAAGGACGGCCUCUACCAGUACAAGAACACUGCUCAGAACACCAACAUCGGCACGAUCGAGCUUGUUUUCAAGAGGUUCAUCGAGCUCGCCGAGCGCAAGGUCACCGAGGCUCAGGCCAAGUCCGACGAGGUCCAGUCUUCUAUCGACUCGACUGGCGCCACCCAAAACAUCGACGAUCUUGAGGCCAGCGAGACUCCCGAGUCUAUCCUCCUCUCCACCGUCUCCGGCGAACAGUCCAAGGACCGCACCGACAGGGCCAUCGUUACGCCAUGGCUCAAGUUCCUCUGGGAGACUUACCGCACGGUCUUGGAUAUCUUCAAAAACAACGCCCGUCUGGAGGUCAUGUACCAGAGCACGGCGCACCAGGCCUUCCAAUUCUGCUCCAAGUAUGCCCGCAAGACCGAGUUCCGCAGGCUUUGCGAGCUUCUGAGGAACCACCUCCAGAACGCCGCCAAGUUCUCUUCGCAGAUGCACGCCAUCAACCUCAGCGACCCGGACACCCUCCAGCGCCACCUUGACACUCGUUUCCAGCAGCUCAAUGUCGCUGUCGAGCUUGAGCUCUGGCAGGAGGCCUUCCGCAGCGUCGAGGACAUCCACACGCUUCUCAGCCUUAGCAAGCGCCCCGCCAAGAACAUUAUGAUGGCCAACUACUUCGAGAAGCUCACCCGGAUUUUCCUCGUUAGCGAGAACUACCUCUUCCACGCCGCUGCCUGGAGCCGUUACUACAACCUGCUCCGCCAGUCGGCCGCUGCCGUCGCUUCUGGCCACAGCUCCAAGAAGGACAACCCCGCGGUUACCGAGGCUGACAUGACCAAGGCCGCUUCCUUCGUCCUGCUCUCCGCCCUGUCCAUCCCGGUCAUUAGCACCUCGAGGUCCCGUGGCGCGUUGGUCGAUGUCGAUGAGGCCAGGAAAAACAAGAACUCCCGUCUCACCAACCUCCUCGGCAUGGCCACUGCCCCCACUCGUGCUAUUCUGUUCAAGGACGCUCUCAGCAAGGGCCUUCUUAGGCGUGCCCGCCCCGAGAUCCGGGAUCUUUACAACAUCCUCGAGGUUGACUUCCACCCGCUUUCGAUCUGCAAGAAGAUCUCCCCCAUCCUCACCCAGAUCGGCAACGACCCCGAGAUGCAAAAGUACGUCCAGCCGCUUCAGCAGGUCAUCCUUACCCGUCUGUUCCAGCAGCUGUCCCAGGUCUACGAGUCGGUCGAUCUCAAGUUCGUCCUGAACCUUGCUCAGUUCCCCGAGCCGUUCCAGGUCAGCGCCGACACCAUUGAGAAGUUCAUCAUGAACGGCUGCAAGAAGGGCGACCUGGCUAUCCGCAUCGACCACGCCUCUGGUGUUCUUACCUUCGACUCCGAUGUCUUCUCUUCGGCCAAGGCCCUUCACCCUGGCUCUGGUGCCGGUUCCUCUGAGACCGAGACUGGCACCGUCCAGCGCCUCCAGAGCACCCCUGCUGAGAUCGUCAGAUCCCAGCUCACCCGUCUUGCGAAGUCGCUGUACAUCACCUGCCAAUAUGUCGAUCCUACCUUUAACGAGGAUCGCCUUAAGGCCAAGGCUGCCGCUCAGGCCAGAGCUCAGGCCGGUGCUGAGAAGGAGCACCAGGAGGCCCUUGUCAGGCGUGAGGUCAUUGAGCGCAAGAAGCAAACCGCUGCCAGCGCUCUUGCUCAGAAGGAAAAGGAUGAGGCUACGAAGAGGAGGGUCGCGCAGCAGCAGGCUCAGGCCGCCGAGGCUCAGAGGCUUGCGGAGGAGAAGAAGGCCCGUGAUGCCGCCCGCGUCAAGGCCGAACAGGAGCGCAUCAAGCGCGAGGAGAUUGAGAAGCAGCUCAACGAGCUCAAGAGCGGCAUGAAGGGUGGUGACCUUGACUUCGACAACCUCAACAUCGACGAGCUCGACUCUGGUCGCAUCCGUGCUAUGAAGCUUGCCGCUCUUGAGAAGGAGAAGAAUGAGAUUGGCGAGAAGCUGAGAGUCACCGGCAAGCGUAUCGAUCACCUUGAGCGUGCCUACCGCCGUGAGGAGGUCAAGCACCUUGCCGACGACUACGAGACCCAACGCAAGCGCGACCAGGCCGCUUACGAAAAGUCCAAGACCGAGACUCUGCGCGAUGCCGAGGAGAAGCACAAGGAGAGCGUUUCUCUCAAGCACCGUCUCACUCGUCUGGUUCCCGUCUACGAGAAGUACCGCAACGAGAUCCAAGAGCAGAGGAGGGCCGAGUUCGACAAGCGCAGAAAGGCUGCUGAGAGGGAGCUGCAGCAGAAGAUGCAGGCCCGUGUCAAGGAGGUUCGCGAGCGCCAGGCCCGCGAGCGUCGCGAGAGGGAGGAAGAGGAGCGGAGGAGGCGUGAGGAGGAAGAGAGAGCGGAGCGCGAGGCCGAGGAGAAGGCUCGGGCCGACGAGGAGAGAAGGCAGAGGAUGCUCGAGGAGAAGGCCAAGAGGGACGAGGAGCGCAAGAAACUCGACGACAUCGCUGCCAAGCAGCGCGCCAGAGAGGCCGAGGCCGAGGCCAAGCUCCAAGCCAAGAAGGAGGGCCGCUUCGCUCCUCCUGCCGCCGCUCCUGCUGCUGCCGCUCCCACCGAAGAGCGCGGCCCGCCCCGUCUCGCUCUCGCAGGCAACAAGCCGUCGUGGCGCGAGCGCGAGGCGGCCAGGGCGGCCGGCGGCCAGGCAUCUCCGGCCGCGGCUCCGGCUCCUGCCGAGUCUGCUCCCAGCGCCGAGGCCGAGCCGCCCAGGCGCACCGGUGGCUACGUGCCGCCUGCGGCUCGCCGCGAGGGCGGCGGUGCCGGCGGCUGGCGUCGCGACUCUCCCAGCGCUCCGUCGGGCGGCAGGUACCAGGCGCCUAACCGCGGCAGCGGCGAGGGCUCCGGCUCCACGCCCCCGACGACGGGCGGCUACCGCCCGCCGCACAUGCGCAGCGACUCUAACCGCGACUCGUCGUCUUCUGAGAGGCCGGCGGGCGGUGACGGCAAGUACCGUCCGGGUGCGUUCUCGAGGAACAGGGGUUAAGUUGGGGUUGGAUGCGGUUCAUGACAUAAAAAAGUGUGACGCGUUAGGAAAGGAAGGGUUUUGGGAAGGAAUAGAGGGGGAGUGUGGAGAGGGGAGAUUAGCUAGUCAGGAGGGUGGUUAUUAGUAGUUGUAGCAGGGGGCAGAGUCGUUGCAUGAGCGGUUUUUGCCCACUUACGUACUAGGUUCUCUGAGACGCUCUUG